UUCCGGCUUGUCAAAUAAUGUAGAGAAAAAAAAUUUUGAAUGAUGCAUUUUUUAAUAUUGAAUUCAUUUUGCUAGAAUAAGAAGGUAGAUGCUUUAGGAUUUUGUUUAUCAUAACUGAUGGAAGUUUGCAAGCACCACAUUUAGGUAUUUUUGUUGUUAAUGCUUUGAAAGGUAUUCAAGUGAAAUUAAAAUGGAACCUGAAGUACCUUGCCAGCGUUGUGGUUAUAUGGAUUUUGAGGGUCAAGUUUGCAAAACUUGUGGAGCAGUUACAGAUGAAAUUUACUUUGGAAGUGAAUUCAAUGUUUUUGGUUCUGAGAAAAUGCCCAAAUUUAUUCCAUGGAAAGAUAAAAAGAAUUCACCUAGUCUUGAUUAUGGAUUGACAGUUUUAGAAAAUUUGUGCAUCAAAUAUGGAAUCUCUCCUAACAUGAAAGUUGAAAUAGAAGAUCUUCUGAAACAUAUUUGUUCAUCAAAAUCUUUUGCUAGGAAAGAAGAUUUUGGUAUUCUUGCAGGUUGUUGCUUAAUUCACAUAAAACAGAAACAUAAUCAGUAUGCUUCUUUAAGUGACUUAAGUGCUAAGAUACAAUGUCCUAUGAAAAAAGUUUAUAAGUUUUCCAAAGUAAUCAAAGAAUUUUGCAGUGAUCGGAAAAGUUCAGACUGCAAAGAACUUGUUGAUAUCUCUGAGGCAGCUCUUCAAAUAAGUACUUCUGAAAUGCUAGAAUCUACUGUUGCAAAGAUUUUUGCAUCUGUUGUAGAUAAUAAAGAUGAGUUUAUUACGAAAACAACAGCUUUGGUCAAAUUGGCACAUGAUUGUUGGUUAAUGUCAGGAAGGUCUCCUGAAGGUGUUAUCGCAGCAGCUGGAUAUCUGUGUUGGAAAAGUAUUUAUCCAGGUUUAAAGUCACUGACCGUGAAACAAUUCUGUUCAGACUUCUCAUUACCAUACACUAAAUCAUCUCCUAAAGUCUCGGAGAUAAAACACAUGCUACUUAAAUUAGGUAAGAACAUACCAUCUUGUUCUAAAAACUAUGUGAAUGAAAAGAAUAUUUUGUUUCACUUAAAUUAUAUCUUGGAAAACUCAAAAACCUUACGGAAUGAUCUGUUAACUGAUAUAUACAAGACUGAUGAAAUAGCUAGAAAAGAAUUUUCUAUGUAUAGAAGGGUUUCAACUGUUACGAAAGAAACUGAAGUUGUGGAUAUUGAAAGACGUUGUGACUUUCAACCAAAUUGGAAUAAACCAGAUGUUGAAAUAUCAGAUUCUGAAAUCUCUAAAUACAUUCGCUCAGAAAAAGAAGUAGAAUUGAUAAAAAAAAUAAAAGAGAAAUAUGAAUCAUGAACAUCAUUCUUAAUGUAUUUAUAAUUUAAUAAUUGUCUUUCAUUUUCUUUUGUAGUGAAACAGCUAGUCUGUUGUUUUUUUCUGAAUGUUAUGUUGU